CUUACCAAUCAUCCACCGCUGGCUUCAUAUGCCUGACAUGGUAGCAUCCUGGCGUCUGGAUUCAGCAACGAAGGCCGAGAAAGCGAUGGUGUUGUCAGACUAUCACGGUCCGGCGUUUCGGAGUCCGGACGACUGGUGCGGGAAGUUUCUGUAACCGAGAGAACACUAUGGCAGUAUUGGCAGACAGAAACAGGCAAGAUAGUAUCCAUGUCUUUGCCAGGCGUCAUGGGCUGGCGACCAACAAUAUAAAGUAUAAAGCACCCGUUGUUGGACCCGUGCCACCCUCACUUUAAGCCCUCCAACCUUCCCACUCCUCUCAACAAUACCACCGAUCAGCCAAGACAAAACCCAGUACCACAAUGGCCGGCAAGAAGAUGAUCACCGUGUUCGGCGCUACGGGAGCUCAGGGCGGCGCCGUCGCUCAGACAUUCCUCAAUGACCCCAAGUUGAAGUCCGAAUGGAGCGUCCGGGCUGUUACUCGCAACACCACCAAGGAGACGGCUAAGAAGCUCGAGAGCCAGGGAGCCGAGGUCGUCAGCGCCGACAUGAACGACAAGUCGAGCCUGGCUAAGGCCAUGGCAGGCGCCUCUGCCGUCUUCGCUGUGACCAACUACUGGGAGAAAAUGGACAUGAAGCUCGAGAUCCAGCAGGGCAAGAAUCUGGUCGAUGCCGCGAAGGAGGCAGGCGUCGGACACUUCGUCUGGAGCUCCCUUCUCAACAUCACCAAACUAAGCAACGGCAAGCUGCCCAAUGUCUUCCACUUCGACAGCAAGGCCGAGGUGGAAGAGUACGCCCGCCAAGUCGGCAUCCCGGCCACCUUCUUCCUGCCGGGGUGCUACAUGUCCAACUUCCCGGGCUCCAUGUUCCGGCAGAUCUCGCCGGCUGACCCAUGGACGCUCAUCAUGCCCGUGCCGGAGACGGCGUCGAUCCCCGUGUUCGACACCGUCGACACAGGCAAGUUCGUCAAGGGGAUCGUGCUGCACCGCGACUCGCUGCUGGGCGAGCGCGUCUACGGCGCCACCACCUACAUGACGGCGCGGGAGGUCGUCGACGGGUUCAAGAGCGCCUUCCCCGUGGAGGGCAGCACGGCCGGCUUCUUCGAGAUGCCGCACGAUAACUACUUGUAUGCGCUGCAGGGCAUGGGCAUACCGGACUUCGCCGCCCAGGAGCUGCUGGAGAACAUGCUGCUGUUCGCCGAGUUUGGGUAUUUCGGCGGCGCCGAGCUGGACAAGAGCCAUGCGAUUCUGGAGGAUAAGCUGACGACGUGGGAGGACCAUGCCAAAAAGGCAUCCUCGUUUCAAGGGCUGAACUAGCCUAGGGAUUUACCUAGGUAUUGGCGGGAGAAAAGACUCGCGAGUUGAGUCAUGGCGUUCAUCCUCUUUCCUGUUUCUGUCCUGUAGCUUUGGUUCCGAAGUUCCAAGUUCCAAUACUUCGCUUGGGUUAUUUGACCGCUGGAGUGGCCCUGGAGGCUCCGGGUUUUCAUUAAGCAUCCUUUAUGGACUGACAAAGAGCUAAAAAUAGCUAAAGAAUUCAGCCAAUAUUUCCAACCUUAACCAGCGGUGCCUAGGCCUCUAGGCAAUCUCGCCCCAAGUUGCUUGCAGCCUGAAAGUGCUGGUUGGCUGGAGGCAGAGAGUUGUUAGAGACGGUCAUAUCAAUGCCUACCUACCCCCCUGCUAGGGUAUUCGCAGUGUGGUUGUUGCAAUUAUAUGUGUAAUAUGA